CAGGAAACACAGAUCCGUCAGUUCCCUCCCACUCCUCUCCCCGAAACUCAAAUCUUUUCAUCCUCCUCCUUCUUCCCUCCUACCUUCGUUACAAAUACCCAUGGAUGGAAGAUCCUUCCAGUCCCAUCCCAAGCUCCAACCGAGCCACCUCGCCGCCUAGUACAGCGCCGAGCCCGGACUCAGAGAGCGGCAGAUCUUCUUCGAGAUGGCAGUUGACCGCGCCGACAAGGAGAAUCUGCUGCCAGCGACCACCCCGACGGCCGCCGUCGCCCGUCCUCAUGGGAGUCAUGGCGUAGCUGUCAGGAGCUGCAAUCUGAAGCGGCUCGGGAGGGCGCGGAGGCGGGUGCCGCUCAGGGACAUCACCAACCUCUUCGUCGUGGAGUCCGCGGUUGCCCAGUGGCAGCAGGCCCUGCUCCAGCAGCCGAGCGAGGGGUCGGCGACGGCAGAGCUGGAGAAGGCAGAGCCGGCCGUGAAGAAAGGGCUGUCCGGUGGUGUUGCACUGAAGGCCGGCAGAUACUCGCUCCGGAAGGAGUUUAGAUAGCUACCGAUUAUAUAUGGAUUAUACUUUUCAUUUCAUUGUCCAAUGAUUCAUUGGACUAGAUUGGUUUGUUUGUUGGUUUUUUCAGUUCCGUAUUCCUGACGAUAGGAAAUGAGCUGCUGAAAGAAAAGAAAGAGAAAACUCAAAAUGGAUGCUUACAUCGAUUAAAGGUGUGGCAUACUGAAUUGGAAUCUGGAACUUUGCAGUAACCUAUUUUAAGAAAUUAUACUAUUUGGA